AUGAAUCUGUCCUAUUCGAUCCCAUUACGUAAUCUAUUUAAAAGUACUGAAUUCAAUUCGUCAUUAUAUUUUCUUUAUAGUGAUUUAGAAGACAAGUAUGAGGAUGAAUUAUAUGAACUGUUGUUAUUUGAUGUUAAUAAUUACAUAUGGAAAAUUGAGAAAACAUAUGAUGAUGCUGAGAAAAAAAGCUAUUAUAUUUGUCAGUCAAACGCCACGAAGGAAAAUUUAGUUGAAAAACAACGUUCAAAUACAAACUUAUUAAAAUUAUUAAAUAGUGAUUUUAUUAAAAUUAAUCACAGCGUUGCCAGGACUGAACGUUUUCAGUUAGAGAUAGGAGAUGACGAUAAUAUAAACUAUAUGGGCUAUGGAAGUGGUAUUUAUGACAAUACUAAAUUAAAAGGAACUGUUUGUGCGUUCGUUAAACCAAAAGAUAAACAACAUUUAGUCUUAACAUGUAAACAUGUAACUGAAGGUUUGACGAUAGAUUCAACAAUAAUCACUCAGAACAGUAAGGCAACUACACAUAUUAGAAUUAAUCAACCUAAAGACACAAAUAUCGAUGUUAGUAUCUCACCAAUUCGUAGUGGCAUACCAAAAUGUGUAAUACCAAAUUUAUUGAUUCUUUGUAAAUAA